ACUCGCACUCCCAUACACAAUCCACGCCAAACUCUCAGACCGACCCACACACAAGCGUACACCUCUCUCUAGGAGCGGAAAACACAUACACAACCGCAAUCAUGGCUGAUUCCGAAUCCGCCGAGCGCAAGCCCCGCAAGUCGGUCGCAUUCUCCGAAGGCACCACAAUUGUCGACAGCGAUGGCCAGGUCACCGAGUCGAACGAGGUCAACGGUGGCAAGACGUCUGCCGAGAGCCAUGCGCCUGCAGGCGAGACCGAGAAGGAGGUUGAGGAGGUCACGGAGAUGUUUGCCGACCUAGCCAAGAAGAAGAAGAAGAAGUCGACCAAGAAGAAGGAGGGCGAGGAAGACGAGGCGGCCGAGGGCGACUUCGCCGCACUAAAGAAGAAGAAGAAGGCCAGCAAGAAGAAGGUCGAGGACGACUUCGAGGCCAAGCUCGCCGCUGCCGGAGGUGAAGCGCCCGAGGAAGAGGAGGUCGCCGCUGAGCCUGAAGUGCAGGAGGGUGACAUGAUGAAGGGCACAGGCAUCUGGCAACACGACUCGACGACCCCCAUCUCGUACAACCUACUCCUAAGCCGUUUCUUCACCCUCCUCCACUCUACCCACCCGGAUCUUGCCAGCUCCAGCACAAAGAGCUACAAGAUCCCGCCGCCACAGUGUCUCCGUGAAGGCAACAAGAAGACCAUCUUCGCCAACAUUGCCGAAAUCUGCAAGCGCAUGAAGCGUACUGACGAGCACGUCACACAGUUCUUGUUCGCGGAAUUGGGAACCAGCGGCUCCGUUGCUGGUAACUCGUCCUUGGUUAUCAAGGGUCGUUUCCAGCAGAAGCAGAUCGAGAACGUGCUCAGGCGGUAUAUCAUGGAAUUUGUCACGUGCAAGACGUGCCGUUCCCCAGACACAGAUCUUUCCAAGGGUGAGAACCGUCUCAGUUUCGUGACGUGCAACAGCUGCGGGUCCAGGCGAUCGGUACAGGCCAUCAAGUCUGGUUUCUCGGCCCAGGUCGGCAAGAGAAGGAGGAUGAUCAAGAACUAAUGGCUUUGGAUUACGCACUUGAUGAGGUUCAACGGGAUGCAUUGCUUGGAUGGGCUGUCUGGGUGGCGCUAUGGGUACAUGGCGGUAGCCUAGAAAAGUUCUGGAGGUAACGAGGUCGCAUGGAUUUUAUGAUAUGAUUCGGGGCACGACAGGGCUGAAGGG